CUAAACCAAAGGACCCCAAACUUGAUUAAGCUCGAUAGGGAGACCCUAUUGGUAUUUCACUGGUCAGCAGGGCUUAAGAGCGUCUCAUGGCUUUCCGUUAACUACUAACAAAUCAGCACUUCUUGCAAUAAAAUGUUGGAGAAAUUCUUACCGCUUCCGCAAUUUAAUUUUCACAGCAAUGACCCCCUUCUCCUCCUUUCUGGCCCUCCCUCUUCAGGGAAGACCUCUUUAGCUUUCCAAUUCGCAAUUAACUCAGCAACUGGGAAUGACGGUAAUGCGGUCUUCAUUUGCAACCGUCGUAAGUUGGAGACUAAACCCCCUUAUCUUGCUCAGGGAAUUGAUCCAUCCUCUGAUGUUAUUAACCGUAUUCAGAUGAAGUAUAUAGAUGACGAGGAAGGAAUUAAGAAAUACUUUGCUGCAUUCCAUAUGCAUGAUCCUGCUCCAGUUUCAGUUAUCAUUGAUGAUUUUGCUGAUUUUUUCGAUGAAGGGAACUGCCAAGAGAGAUACAAUAAUACUCGAGGAAGGGAUUUGGCGAUGGUUCGGGUAUUAGCCCUAUGUCGUAAUGCCAUUAUGCAUGCUAAUGAAAAGGGGCCAUGUCAGCUUCUACUCUCUGAUACCCAUACUGGUGACUCCCCAAGGUUGCUAUACAUUUACAAGAGAUGGGUCUCCUCUAUUUACACAAUCAAAGGGGAUGGCUUCGGAUCAUAUCUUAUUAGGAGUGGCAGCAACUUGGGUGUUGCCAAAUCUGCAAAAUACUCCAUAGCUCUUCAGUAUUUGGUAUAUGAAGGUAUUACAGAAGAUGAAGAGCAAUCAGAUGAAUGAGUAUUUUUCUCUCAUAGAGGUUUCAGUAUGUCUAUCUUCGAAUUUUCAUCAAGUUAGCUCUUAUAUUAACAUCUCUAGAGGUCCAAAGAUAAAUUUUAUUUCAUUGAGUUUUUUAUGCUGAACCAGCAUCUAUUCAGAAAAAGCUAGUGUCGUUGUUAUUCGUCUCUGAUAAUAUUACGAGUCUCAGCCAAAUAUAUUUUGACAAGUUCAUUGAAAUUUGGUGAAUGUCAAGAGGGUUUGAGCAAUUUUAAUAGGAUUAACAUUCAUAUGAAAGUUCUGUAA